AUGGAAUAUAUCUUACCAAACAGAGGCCUAGAAAUAAAAGAAAUCCAAGUACAGCCAGAAAAGCAAGAAACACUCACAAAAAAAGAAAAGAAAGAAAAAGAAAUAAAAGAAAGACUAAAAUUAAAUAAUCAUUGUGUAAUAAAUAAAAUAAAAGAAGAGAAAACAAUUUCACCAAAACAAAUUUUUGAUAAAAAAUUUACCGGAAUUUAUUUAUCAGAGAUAGAAUUAAGUACUGAUUGUGUAAUAAGUAAUAGCAAACCCCCUUAUUCUUAUGCUAUACUUAUAAAGAAAGCCUUAAAUGAGUCAAGCACAGGGCAAUUAAGUCUAAAUGGGAUAUAUACAUGGAUAAAGGAGAACUAUUCUUAUUAUAAGACAGCUGACAGUUCAUGGCAGAAUUCAAUUAGGCAUAAUUUAUCACUUAACAAACUAUUCCAGAAGGUGAAGAGACCUGAAAAUGAGCCAGGGAAAGGGGGCUUCUGGAAGAUCAACCGGGAGUAUGAGAUAAAAGAGCAGCUUAGGAAGGAGAAGGAGAACAGGUGA